CCGUAAUUUCGUUAUGGCUGUAAUAGAAAAAAGUAUGGUUAUUAAAGGACAAUGAUUUCAAGUGUGACGUGAAUGGUAAUGGAAGUAGUGAUGAUAAUACUUUUAGAUAUACUAAUUUGAACAACAGUUAUAAUGCUAAUACCAUCUACAGCAAUUGUAACUUACGGUAAUUAUGAGUUGGAUACACUGAAGAGAAUGCAGAAAAUGAUCGUCAAUGUCGUCAGCAGCAGUAAUUAUAAUAUAGUUACUGUUAACGUCACCUGUUGUUAAAGUAAUACAGAGCUUAACAUGAAAGUAUAAACUAUUGGAAGGAAGGUCAUCUGUGUUAAACUGUGCCAGACUGCAAGAAAAGAAAAGGGACAUUACACGUGAAAAAAAAUAUAUCAUAGUAACAGAAAUAUAAAUAGUACCAAAAGUAUGUAAUGGCUCUGAACAUAUAGGAAAAAAGCUGAAUGUGACGAAAUAGUGAACAUUUGUGAUUUUUUUUUUUUUUUUUUUUUUACUUUUACGGAUUUCCUUUGGUAUGGGUUCGGCCUUAGAAAUGGCUUCUGAAAUGAAUUUAGCUGUAGAUGUCACAGCCAGUGAAGGAGAGCUAAAGUCGGGCUAUCAGGAAUUUCCAGAGAAUAGUCACUUGCAUGAUGAUUUAAAAGGGCCAGGAGGAAGUGUUAGGAAUAAUCAUGGAAAGAAUCAUAUUCGAAACAUUUCUGAGGAGGAACUGGAAAUUCUUGCGACCUCAAGAGAGGCAAUGCACAAAGAUUCUUCACUAAUGAAACCAGAAUACACAGGUUAUAAGAGAAAGGUUAAGAUAUGUAAUUUACUCGAGUAUAAAGAUUCCGAAACACAAGGGAGCACAUUGCUAAGUACAAGAAACAGUGAUACACACACGAAAAUCCCGCAACAAAGCGACGACGCCCUUUCAUUGCACGCAGAGUGUCCCGUGGCAUUUAUAUCAAAAGGGUGCUUUUGGGAGGCGAAUGGGGCGUCGUGGGCCUCCCCUGCGGCCAAGGGGGACCCGCUACCAAUAGCGCCAAAACACACAGUGGAAGCCUCCAACGGUGAUCCAACCCUUGGUUCUCCGUCAUUCAUCAUGGUUCGAGAAGCCUCUGUUGAGGGCGUAUUCAUAUACGCUCCCACGCCAAGUUCUAGCGAACCUGAAAUGAACUGUUCACCCACCGCGGUUUCACAACAGAGCCCAUUCCGGCGUCAGUUGUUCACAUCUCUCAUGACACGUCAGUCAGCCCUUGUGUCAAGGAUCAACCAGCAAACUUCUAAGCUAAUGAGGGCAGUCGAAGCAGCUACAUCUAUCACACAGACAGAUCGAGAAAACAAGUCAAGAUCAAUGUCGUCAGAUAUCAGUCCAGACUUGACGUCAACAGCAUUAACAGAAAAAGAAGACAUUAUUGGACCAAAGACUAGAUGUUGUCCAUCUGUAAAAUAUCACCUUGGUGAGGACUUAGAAAAUGAAUCAUUCGAGCCAUGUGGGUCUCGUGACACGGGGGCACGAGACCCGCUUCGCUUGGUGUCCAUUUGUGACUCUGGGAUUGGCUUCGAGUCGGAUGAAGAUGCCAAGUCCUUGUCGCGGCAUUCUUCGUAUACACUUAGCGAAGACAGCGAAGGGCCAACCGAGGAGACAGGUAAGCCAUAAGAAUUAACUAAAAAGCAUUGUUUGAUUUAUUGAAAUGCUUUACAUGAUACACAGUUUUCUCCAUUGACUGACACACUGCAAGACUAUAGUACAUAGCCAAAAUCUUGACGAUAGAAAUUAGUUGCACACAAUUUCGUAAGCAAUUCACAUUUGCUAGAGAUUAAUGCAUUUUCUUUUUUGUCAUGAACACUAAGGGGUGAGGGAAGGAAGUCAGUUUGAUUCAAUCUUUAGCUAUCAAAAUACGUAUUAUAAAAUAAUGCACCGUCUCAUAUAAAUACAUGUAUGUGUGAGUAUGUAUGUGAGUCAGCAUAUUAGUAAGAGUAAGAGUAAGGCUAGAAAGGCUAAUAAGGCAGAGACAGUCACAGACAGACAGACAGAAAGGUGUGAAUGAGUGUUUAAGAGAC